CAGGGGCACAUCCGCCGUUGCUUUAGAGACGGCAACGCUCAGCUACUUGGAGUAUCCAGUUGUUUGUGGGUGGUAGCCUGUUGUCCUGUUUUAUGAUUUGAUUGAAUCCCUACAGCUCCCAUGGAGACAAAUGUGGAUCCCAGAAUAUCGGCUUUGGCAGCUGAAAUUGCAGAGAGCCCGGAGAAAAAUGUUCCUUUACUGCUCUUAAGACUAAAAGAAAUUGUCACUGACCCGUCUCUCAGUGGAAAGCAGCUGCAGAAACUGAAGCAGGAUGUCUACUACUAUGAUCUCAUUCAAUACUGUAUCUUAGUGUUAAAACAAGAUUUCUCUAGGAUUCAAGGAAGUUGGGCAACUGCAGGACAUUUGGCCGACCUCCUCAGUAACUGUUGUGUUAAUUUUGAACCCUUGGAAGAGACUGAGGAGUAUUACAAUAAAGUUCUUCCUUUGGCUGUUGAAAAUCUGUUGCUGUUAGCGAGACGUUUGCAGGCCCGCCGUACACGAGCUGUAAAGAAUGAAGAAAAGGCAGAAUUUAUUCAUACCUUCCGUAUAGUGGCAGCUUCUUUAUGCUGGCUUUGUGAUGAAUUUAUCCAGUUGACUCAUCAAGUUUUAAAGUCUGAACACUUCCUGCAGUUGUUGCUUACCGAUGACGUCGAGACUGGAGUCAUCGUGAUGUCGGUGCUGCAGAACCUGAUUAGAGUCAAUGGGAAGGUAUUUGGGGAGCUCGAGGAGACCACAGAAUUUGCUAUUUUGGAUGAAUUGGUUUUCAAGCUUUCUUCAACAAACAAUCCUGUCACAGGAAGCACCGCUACAAGAGUUUUGCUGUUAAUUGUCAGUAAUCACCCUACGCUUGUGACACAAAUCUGCAGCAGAUAUAAAGGCUUGCAGCAUUUAUUAAAGAAACAGUGGACUGGGAAAGGAUUCAACAACGACCUGGAACAACUUUUGGAGCUGCUGUAUUCUGGGUCUUUCCAUCAUACAGAGAUGCAGAGAUUACAGCAAGCAGCCUCUUUGAUACAAGCUGCAUGGAAGGCUUUUCAGACUCGGAAAAGGUUGAAGAAACUCCCAAACGCUGUCGCGACCAUUCAGAGGAGCUUCAGGAAUAAAAAGGAGAAAGAGAGGUUGAUUUUGGAGAGACAGAAAGAAGAAGAAGAGCUUAGGCAUCACUUGCUCCUUCAGAGACAAAGGGCCAUUCGAAGAUUUCACCAGCGCCAGCUAGAGCUGCUUCAGAUAAUUCCUGCAGAAUUGCUAAACCGGCAUAUACAGGAUCAGGAAAUGAAAGCCGCUUUAUUAAUACAAAGGCACUGGCGAGGACACCGAGAGAGAAGGAACUUUCAUCAACAGAAGCAGGCCCUGAAGCAGUACAAGGCGGCGGUCACGUUGCAAAGAGCGGUUCUUCGUUUCUUAAAGAAGCGAAGAAAUGCCAAACAGAUCCUGUCUCCGUGGAAAGGACCCCCAGGUCUUACGGACGCACGCAGGCUGGAACUGAAGAAAAAGGUGGAGGAGCACAUCGGUCUCCAUCGAUCUCCAGUGUUAUCUGCAGAGAGCAGCAAUGAACUUCACUUAAAAGCUCAAGAGAUGUUGAUACAGCACUGGGUAGACAUAAAUCUGCAGAGAAAAGCGGAUCUGCGUAGAGAUGCCCUCCUGGCGCAGAUAAACACAGACCUUGAAUUUCUAACGAAUAUGCCAUCCUUAAAGGAAGCAACAACAAAAGACAUCGAUAUUUUUACAAGCCGGUCGGUCCCUGUGGCUGCCCGGGCCCGACAGUCCCAUAAUGCUAUGUUACAGUACAUGCGCUGGCCCUGGUGGAAGAAACUAGGGGAUGAAUUCCUGGAUCCAGAGAACAUACCGGAAGACAACCUAGAGGCCGAGAUUGACAGUUUGUACCUUGGGGGAGAUGGGUAAUUUGGAUAGGGUUAAAUUGACAAGCAGGGAACUUUUUAUUAAGAUUUUGAGAACAGCAUGAAACUCCUGAAAGGCGCCUCGUUACUGUAAAGUGAAGAAGAAAAAUGUGUCUGCAAAUGUGGACGAGUGAGACCGUUUAUAAUCUAGAGACGCGGGAGAGUGGAUGUUAUACUGUACAGUAUGUAUGUGUAAUGUGUGUGUGUGUGUGUAAUGUUAAAGAAACGCCCACUAGGGGUCACUGCUGCCCCAAAUAAAAGCACUGCACACCAUG